UUCCUUAAUUUGCAGGGCCAUUUUUUUUGUAACUGGUAUUACAUGUUAUCACAGUCGCCGUAACUCCGGUUGUAGCAUUUUCCGAUAUGCUACUUGUUAAACCCUACCGGAGAGCCCUCCAUAGCUCAACUCGGCAAGUUCAAUCCAAAACCCUAGACUCACCACCUUCUUCCUCCAGCACCCUUUUUGUCGACAGGGCUGUAUCCAUUCUUAAAGGCUACGACCCAAUUUCCUUGGACUCCAUUUCUUCCCAAUUCACCCCUCAAUAUGCUUCUUCCUUGCUUUUCCAAUGCCGAUUCGAUAAACCCCUUGUUCUAAAAUUCAUCAACUGGGCGCGCAACCGCCAAUUCUUUAAUCUUCAAUGCAAGUGCAUUUCCAUUCAUAUCCUCACUCGUUUCAAGCUCUACAAGACUGCCCAAUCCCUUGCGGAGGAUGUUGCUUUGAAAUUCGGAGAUAACAAGGGUGAAUUGGUCUUUUCAUGUCUCAGGGACACUUACCAUUCUUGCAAGUCCAGCUCUGCUGUGUUCGAUUUGAUGGUAAAAUCCUACUCUCAUUUGAAAAUGAUUGACAGAGCUAUGCAUAUCUUUGAAUUAGCCAAGUUUAAUGGGUUUAUGCUCACUGUUUUGUCCUAUAAUUCCAUUCUUGAUGCGUUGAUCAGGGUUUCACGUAAUGGGUCUUUCGAAUUAGCUCAAAAGUUUUAUGAUGAUAUGGUUCAAUCUGGGGUUUCACCUAAUGUAUAUACUUAUAAUAUUAUGAUCCGAGGCCUUUGUGCAAAAGGGGAUCUGCAAAAGGGUUUGGUUGUUUUCAAUGAAAUGGAAAAAACUGGCUGCUUGCGAAAUGUUGUAACCUAUAACACCAUAAUAGGUGGUUAUUGUAAGAUAGGUAAGGUUGAUGAGGCAGUCGAAUUGUUGAAGCUAAUGCAAGUGAGGAACUUGGAACCAAGUGUGGUCACAUAUAAUGCUAUUAUUAAUGGGUUGUGUCGAGAAGGAAGAAUGAAAGAGACGAGUGAGAUUUUGGAAGAGAUGAGGGGAAAGGGAUUAAUGCCUGAUGAAGUAACCUAUAACACACUGGUAAAUGGCUAUUGUAGAGAGGGUAACUUUCACCAAGCACUUGUUUUGCACUCGGAAAUGUUAAGGAAUGGGCUGUCUCCAGAUGUUGUGACUUAUACUUCUUUGAUUAAUAGCAUGUGCAAGACUGGGAAUUUGCACCGUGCAAUGGAAUUCUUUGAUCAACUGCAUGCUAGGGGAUUAUAUCCCAACGAUAGAACUUACACAACAUUGAUUGUUGGUUUUUCUCAGCAGGGUCUUAUGAAUGAGGCUUAUAAGCUUUUGAAUGAAAUGAUUUCAAAUGGCCUUUCCCCUUCAAUUGUAACUUACAAUGCGUUAAUUAAUGGGCAUUGUGCAGUGGGCAGGAUGGAGGAUGCUUUACGCGUGACUCAAGAGAUGGAACAGAGAAGGCUGGUCCCAGAUGUUGUAACUUAUAGUACAAUAAUAUCUGGGUUCUGUAGAAACUGUGGGUUGGAAAGAGCAUUCUGUGUUAAGCAGCUGAUGGUUGAAAAAGGGGUCUUACCUGAUGUUAUUACUUAUUCAUCCCUAAUUCAAGGUCUUUGUGAGCAGCAAAGACUGACUGAAGCUUGUGAACUUUUCCAAGAGAUGUUGAGAGUAGGUCUGCAACCAGAUAAGUUUACAUAUACUACACUUAUUGGUGCAUACUGUGCAAAUGGGGAUAUUAAAGGUGCUUUUCACCUGCAUAACAAAAUGAUCUCUAAGGGUUUCUUUCCUGAUGUCGUCACUUACAAUGUCCUAAUCAAUGGGCUUAACAAACAAGCUCGCACUAGGGAAGCAAAGCGGCUUCUGUUCAAGUUGUUGUAUGAGCAAUCAGUGCCAAAUAGUGUCACUUAUGACAUGCUAAUAGAAAGUUGCAAAGAUCUUGAAUUGAAGAGUGCGGUAGAUCUUAUUAAAGGAUUCUGCAUGAAAGGUUUGUUGAAUGAAGCUGACCAAGUUUUUGAGUUGAUGCUGCAAAAACACAAGAAGCCGAGUGAAGUAGCUUAUAAUCUACUUAUACACGGUCAUUCCAGGGGUGGGAAUUUGCAUAGAGCCUUGAAUCUUUUCAGAGAAAUGGCUAAUCUUGGAUUUAUUCCUCAUACAGUAAGUAUUAUUGUGCUCAUGAAAGAACUUUUUAAAGAAGGAAUGAGUGAGGAAUUACAUCAAGUAAUUCAAAGCACAUUGGAAACCUGUAAACUUGCUGAUGGUGAGCUAGCAAAAGUCAUUGUUGAGGUGAACUACAAGGAAGGGAACAUGGAUGCAGUAUUCAAUGCACUUACUGAAAUGGCCAAGGAUGGCCUUCUUCCAAAUAGUGGGAAAACCGCAUUUUGUCACAUGCCAGAAUAAAGUACUUAUCAUCUUAAAAUAAUCACACCAACUUUUCCCAUGCAUGAGGUAGAAUGCAUCAAGCAAGCAGGAAACUGGGUUGCAACAAAUUGUUUCCCCUCAUUUAGGUUUCUCAUGCCAUUGUGAAUGUGGGAGAGCUGGUUUACUCCGAUGAGCGACAUUCUUUCGAGAGGGUUAAAUUCCCACUUUGCUUGAAAAUUCUAUAUAAGUAGGGUGCUAACUUGAAAAGGUGAAACAAGACGAAGAGAAGGAAGUGAGUUUCAUUCAAGAAAGUGUGAAAACUCCAGCUUAAGGAGCUUUUCUGUUCAAGAACAUUGUAUGUACUAUUGAUGAAGUCUGUUAAUGGAUGGCCAUGGCUGUUUCGAGAGUAGGAUUUGAUUUACAGUGUCUUGCUUUCAGAUCAGCUAUCACUUAGUCUCUGUACUUCUGGACUAACUUUUUCCAUUCUAAUACCAAAUGUAAUAAUCCUAGUUGCUACUUCUGGACUAACUUUUUCCAUUCUAAUACCAAAUGUAAUAAUCCAAGUCUAGCAGCUGACUUCAGAACUUUCUGAUUUUGUAACUUUUAUCAAAAGAACUUGAAGAUCAAAGUCUAUCAGCCCAGAAUUGCCAGUUAGAGAUAAUACAAGAUGUUGAGGCAAUAUCUCUUGCAACAAAUGAACAUCCAGUAGCACUGCUUGCAGAACACACAAAAAAAUUCUUGCAAAGAGAGAAUACUAUUUACAUGCGUAUCUUAUCUCAAAGGCCAAAUGCUGCUGCUGUUUCUGCAUCCAUACUUCACAAGCUUUAUGGCAUCAAAUUGAAACUAUUCUUUGGAGAAAUGGGCCACCUGAAAAACCAGUGCUCUGCAAUGCAUGUGGAUCAAGAUGGCGGGUUAGGAGGACACUAGAUGGCUAUAUUCCCAGACAUGGAAACAUAGAAAUAGAGAGCUAUCAGCGACCUUCUGACAUGAAGCCGGCUCGU